AUGUGCAUCACCAGGCACUCGUACAAGUUCUGGUACGGGAUCAUGCACACGGGCUCCAUCAAGAUCCUAUUCUGCGGCGACUGCGUGAUCGAGGCCGAGCUGACGGACACCCACGACCUGGCGGACGUGUGCGACGACGUGCCCAGGGUGAUGGGCUUCUACAGGAACCUGGUCAGCAUGGGAGAUGACGAACCUGGCCUUGAAGAGGACGAGACGCGCAUCACCCCGUGCGCGUGGAGGGACUCGCUGAUCGACGUCGGCAUGAAGAAAACACGAUCAAAACGGGAUCAGCCUGCCGACCGCGUACCCGUCCAGCAGAUGUGCCUGACGCUGAUGAGCAUGGGGAUCACGACCAACACCGGGAGGAUGUGGCACCGGUACGAGGUCGAGUUCAUAAGCUCGUAUACCAUCAAGCACAUGGUCGAGCACACGAACGAGAACGUCAUCGUGUGCAUGGUCGUGGUCAAGAUCAGGCAGACGUCCUCGGGCGAACUCACAUUCACGCUGCUGGAGGCCAUCGAGAGUCUCUACUAG